ACACUCCGGCCGCCUGCUGUGGAGGCGUGGCUUUGGCGGUGGAUGUUGGAGGGAAGUUCAGUGAUUGGUUUAAAAUCUUACAAAGCUCUAAACCAAUGGGCGACUGGCUGGCUCGAUUAAAAGCAGAGUGGAACGUGCAGUUUUUAUCAUUUCUGUUUUACGGUAAUAAUACAACACUUUGUGCUUGACAAUGAGUGGUAGAGGAAAAACCGGCGGCAAAGCGAGAGCGAAGGCCAAGACUCGGUCGUCCAGGGCAGGGCUGCAGUUCCCCGUCGGUCGCGUUCACAGGCUUCUCCGCAAAGGUAACUACGGAGAGCGCGUCGGUGCCGGUGCUCCCGUCUAUCUGGCGGCUGUGCUCGAGUAUCUCACCGCUGAGAUCCUGGAGCUGGCUGGAAACGCCGCGAGGGACAACAAGAAGACCCGCAUCAUCCCCCGUCACCUGCAGCUGGCGGUGCGCAACGACGAGGAGCUGAACAAACUCCUGGGCGGAGUGACCAUCGCUCAGGGCGGCGUGCUGCCCAACAUCCAGGCCGUGCUGCUGCCCAAGAAGACCGAGAAACCCGCCAAAGCCAAGUAAACGAGUCCGGUCUGCUUCAACACAAAGGCUCUUUUCAGAGCCACC